AUGAAAUUUUCAACAACCCCAAUCUUACUCACUUCCCUCGCUUUAUCUUCCUCGGCAGCGUUCGGUGCGCCUCUACCUCCUGUUCCAGGAUUCAACGGUAACGGAAAUACCAAAUCCACUUUGGAUGUAGGUGGUGGUAGAUCACCCAACCCCGAUGAUUAUUCCGAUUCACCAAGAAUGCCUAAUCCCAACUCACCAUUACUUGGUGUUGAUCUAGGUGGGAAUAUCAAUGCUUUACAACUUAACGUCGGUGAUGGAGUGAAUAAAAUAGGGAGUGGGGAUGGCGGAUUGGGCUUGGGCUUGGGUGUUAAUGGUGGUUUGGGCUUAGGUGGAUUGAUCGGUUUUGGAGGUAAAGGUAGACCAAAUAAAAGACAACUUCCACCCAUUCCAUCACCUACAAACCCGAUGAUACCUUCUACUGCGAAUAUCCCUACAUCUGUACCUAUGAUCGCACAAUCUGCUCAAUCGGGAUUAACCGUCGACCAAGUCACUGGAUUGGCUCAAGGCCUAGAUACUCAAAGUCAAGUGGCAGGUCAACUCGGUGGAGUAGCAGGUCAAGCAGGUGGUUUAGUUGGUGGAAUUACUGCUCAGGGUUUGAACGGAUUACCAAUAGUUGAAGGAUUGACGAAUGGCUUACCAGUUCAAGGUCUCGUAGGAACUGUUGGUGGUCUGACCAAUGGACUCCCUUUACAAGGUCUAGUCGGGACUGUUGGAGGUCUUACAAAUGGUCUUCCAGUUCAAGGCUUAGUCGGCGGUCUUACCAAUGGAUUCACCGGUACACUCGGAGGACUGACCAAUGGUUCACCCAUACAAGGUCUCGCCAAUACCGUUGGGGGACUGACCAACAAUCUCCCAUUACAAGGCCUAUCAAGCACCGUCGGAAGUCUCGCCAAUGGAUUGCCUUUAUCAGGUCUCACCGGCACGGUAGGGGGACUCGCAAAUGGACUUCCACUACAAGGCCUGACUGGAACUGUCGGAAGUCUCACCAACAACCUCCCAUUGCAAGGUCUCACUGGCACGGUCGGAAGCCUUACCAAUGGACUUCCAUUACAGAGUCUCGCUAACGGAACUCCUUUGCAAGGUCUCGCUGGUAAUUUACAAAGUUUGACCAAUAGCCUUCCUACCCAAGCACUCGCAAGUACCGCUCAAGUCGCUGCAAAUCCAGGUACCCUCACUCAAUCUGUUGAUACUCCCAUGGAGAGCGUGACCAGUGUAGCUCAAGGUGUCACUUCAUCAUCUCUUGGAAAUAUCGUGGGAAAUCUAGGUUCAAACACCUACUUACUAUCGUCAGGACAGAUCCUGAAAUUAGCAUCUGAUCUUGCCCCUUCAACCCCUCUGAACGAUUUGCAUCCAGUCGAGAUCGAAGGCAGAAUGUACAUUUUAAAUUCAGCUAAUCAGGUCGUUGGUACGAUGACUUCACCUACAAUUGGAUUAUACUCGGAUCCAUCAUUCAUUCCUUCUGAGGAUAAAGAAGAAGGAUCGAAUCCUUACUCAGGUGGAUAUACACCUUUAGCAGAUCAACCUGAUGCUUUCGAUUUAGUGGCUUCUCAGAUGUCUGGAUCGGAACCUUCCUCGACAUUCAUCGGUUCGAAUAGUGCCGGUGGCGCUGCAAGUGUUCAAGGAUCUCUCCAAGGGUUGAAUGGGUCUAGAAUGACAACUUCUCAACCUGUUCCAACUUCGACUUCAGCUUUGGGUUUACCAACAGCUGCUAUCACCGAUGUUCCGACUGGAGCUAUCACCACCAACAUCCCUACAGCAGCGAUCACCGCUACGCCGACCGAGGGCUGGGGAGAAUGGGUUACUGCAGCUCCAACAGCUAUGCCAACGAUAGAUAACCAAGAUGGUGCAGUGGGAAGUGCGAUGAUUCCUCAGACUAGUUCGGGAUUAGCUUAA